AUGUUAUCUGGCGACACCGAGCCGGAAAAUAUGGAUGGUUCCGUGAAUUCCGAGACUGAUCUUCGGCAAAAUCAAUCUCCAAAGCAUGAAGGAAGUGAAAGAGCUGAAGAAAAGCAUUUAAAUUCAAAUUCUUCUUCAUCCGGGGAGUUUGACAGCGGCAGCGGUGGUUUAUGGAGCUUUGGUGAUCUGGUGAAGAAUUUAACAACCAGAUCGGAAUCAGUACUUGAGACAUACCGUCGCGAUCUGAAGGAAUUCGGUUCAGGGUUGAGGAAAGAAUCCGAUUUGUUCCGUGAAGUCGCGAGUCGAGCAGUGAAGGAGCUACCGUCUUCGAUCGAGGUCGGCACAUCGGCGAUCGAUGGAGUGUUGAAGUCGACUGCGGAUAUCAUCUCACAAGGUAAAGACGCUCUUCUUGAACCUUCCGAUGUUGAUGAUUCUGAUGUCUCGGAAGCAGGACAGAAUUACAGUGAUCGUAGUGGUUUAAAUUCGAAAGUGUACAGUCGUUUCGAUUCUCAACUUAAUGCGAUUCAAAGUGAUGCUCGAACUUAUUGCAAAGAUCCUGAGGAUUUAGAUGAUUAUAAUAAGUGGAAACUAGGGUUUGUGUUGAGCGACAGGGAAAGCGAGAUUGAGAAACUGAUGGGAGAUAAUGGAUCUGUAGAAGCAAUUUACAGGAAAGUUGUUCCGAAUGAGGUUGAUGAUGGAAGCUUUUGGUGUAGGUAUUUCUAUAGAGUUCAAAAGCUUAAACAGCAGGAGGACGUGAGAGCUAAUCUGGUAAGGAGAUCUCUAACAGUCGAUGAUGAAGAAGAUUUGAGUUGGGAUGUUGAUGAAGAAGAAGAGGAAGAAGCUGUAUUGCCUGAAAUUGAAAAGAAACAGAGUUCUAAUAAUGAAUCUAUAACUGUGAGUUCUAAUGUUGCUGAAUCAGUGCAAAAUCCAGAUGAAGAUGGUGUUGAUGAAUCUAAAAAUAAAAGUUCUGAUGUUGUCAAUGAGGAUGAGGAGAAGAAGACCAUUGUUGCUGAUGUUAGCAAAAACAGUGAGGAGCCAAAACAGAGUGGUGAACAUGUGUCUGAUGUGAAAGUUAGUCAAAAUCUUAAUGCUGGUAAAUAUGACGAUGUAACUGAGGAAGAUCUCGAGUGGGAUGAGAUUGGGGAUGUUGGAGACAACGAUGAAAAGGAAAUCUUGCAAGGCAACACCCCUAAGAAAGCUGAUGUGUUUAAGCAGUUGAAUAGUAAUAGUGGUGAAAACGAUGAGGACUUGAAUUGGGAUAUAGAAGACGAUGAUGAACCACCUGUGAAAGCCGGUAAUAUAAAACACUCUGGUGACAUGGAAAGGAAAGUCUAA